UCAGAUUCCGGCUAAUUUAUAGGCCUGUCAACUCACUUAUAUCUACCGGCUACUCAUCCGUGUUGGAGACUUCACAGGAGUCAAAAAUGGCGCUUGUUUGCUCCCUUAAUGUUCAUCCAAUCUCUUUCGCACCCAUCAUAAACCCUAAUCGCACAAGUUCUCCCAAAUUCUCAAUUCAUCACAAAACGCCACGUUCUCCGCCUCGGUUUCCCGUCCGUUUGCGUUCGAGAUUUCGAAGAAGCAGCUGCUUGCAGUUUCCAAUUGUGGGUGAAUUGGGAAAAGAAUCCGACCAGAGCAGGACACAAGGGGACAACAAAGAAGAUUUUGGAGUCAAAGUGGCGUUGUCCAUGCUGAGGUUCUACAAAAGUGGGUCAGGAUUUGAUCCGCCAAGAUGGUUUGAUGAGCCAACUCCACCGGAACAAUGAAAUAAAGUGUGUAAAUCAAAGAAAGUUAACAGGGUUUGAAGACAUCUUCAGCUAUGUCUCUCUUAAUAACCUUGAGUAACCAAGAAUAUCCAGAGGCUGCACUAUAAAGAGGAUCCUACAUAUUCAACCGUCAACACAAGCAUCCAUAGUUGAAGUUUGCUGUUGUAAAACAAGCAAUUUAAGUGCAACAGACGUAUCUUCAGCCAGUUCAUUAAAGUUGAUCGAGGUUUUACUCUUCUUCUUUGGUCUAGAAUCAGCUUGAGAACGACAUUUGAAGGAUUUGCACUUGGUUCUUCGACAUGUGGUCUAUGAGAACCUUCGACAAAUGUAUGCUAUUCAUCAUCAUCAUCUUUAUUAUCCUCAAGUUGAAGUGUUUGGAUAUAAGAACUAAAUGAUGAUGGAACCUCAAACCUCUCAUGGAUUAAGUUAGGGGCAUAAACACGGGCACCGGCGGUAUAUGUCCCAUCGAGUAAAAUGAUACACAUUUUAAGGAAUAGCAAGGGUGAGGUCCUUAAGAGUUUUGCUUUGUGAUGAUCCUUCAUCUAAAUUUAAAAAUAUUAUUUCAUAUAAUACUCAUUACUAUUGUUAUUCAAAAAAAUUAUGAUUAAAAACUAACCUUGUAAACAUCUUUCGAUUCUUGAUUUGAUAGGUUGAAUGUAUUUGUUUUUGGAUCAUUAAUGUUGCAUGUUUUAUUUAUCAAGUACACCCAUCUCGAGUAUUUGAAUUUUAAAUAAUCGAAUUGAUUUUUUAGUUGUUUUUGUGUGAGCUUCAUGCCUUCAUGUAACACACUUUGCAAAGCUCUAUUGCCAACUUAGUCCAAGUUUUUUCGAAGACUACCCCACUUGGAUCCACUUUGCCUUGCAUACUAAUCUUGCUUCCAAGCUUUGCCAAUUGAUCAAGAGAGAUGAGAAAUUUGGUCAUGAAGGGAACAUACUUUACAUCCGAAAUAGUUCGGAUAAUGCCAUCAAACAUCUCAUCUUGAUGGUACCGAUGCCCAAGCUUUUGCACACCGCUUUGUUUGCCAUGAGGAUAUUGCUUUCUUCUUUUUCUUUAAGUGACGAGAAAAGCUCCUUAUAUAGAGUCAUGUGGAAGGAAGUCCCAAAAUCCAACAGCCAUUUGUCAUUUGAUAGUCACACUCUCAAUUGAUGCGAUUAGAGCAUCACUAAAAUCAUUCACGAUAAUGGAUGAAGAUGAUCCUUCCUUGUCGGUCUUAGCUUAGACUAUUAGUGAGAGUUUGUGAGGCAGAGCUCUUCUUUUUGAAUUAUAUAAUAUUUAUAUAUGGCAAAUAGAACAAAUAAUCUCACACACCCUCCUCACCUUUAGUGAGGUUUGAACCCUUGACCUCCUAGAGCUCUUCGAGCUUGUACUAAAGCUUGUGCAGUUGUCUCCGAGCCUAUCUUUGAAAUCACUUUCUCACCCAUUCUUCCAUCUCUUCCAAUUUUUAUGAUGAUACAUCAGAGGUGAGUUCGUCUAGUUCAUAGACAACAAGAUGCACCUGUUUUCUUCGAAGUUACGCUUUCAUCUUCUACUGCCACUUUCGAAAGUCUCUGUCCCAUUCCACCUCUCAAUCUUAAACGUGGAUCCGGAGGCUACAUACAAACCUAUAAUAUAGCUAGAAGAAGUGUUUGAUGAACUUGCCUGAGUUUUCGUCUUCUUUGGAAUAAUCAUCACAUUGCUUCAAGUAGUGCUUGAAUAUGUUCCAUUGAGUGCCAAUGAUCAAAAUCGAACCUCUAAUACCAAUUGUUGGGGUUUUGAACACCACAAAGGUCCCAAAACCAAAUAAAGUAAUAAACUUUAUUCGACGAUAAUCAAGUAUGUGAUGUCAACCAACAACUAAUGUAGAAAACAAAGUAGGAUUGAAAGCACAACGAACAAUCAACCAAAGAAUUGCAAAAACACAAGAAACACAAAAGAUUUACGUGGUUUCACCACCGGCAUGGUGAAUGGUGAUGUACGUCGACAGGGAAGAGGGUGAACUUUUAUUGAUAAAGAACACCUAAACACCAAACAAAAAUUACAAUCUGAAACACUAAAUUGUGUAUAAUCUCUCUCAAUAUUUUCUAAACUCAAACUAAGGCUUCUAAGCUCUCAAUUUCGUUUUAUACCUGAUGGAACUCAAGGGGGUAUUUAUACUAAUCCGUAGGUGAAAUUCCAAUUUGAUUCCAAUGCUAAAAACUAGGAAAAACAUAAUUGUCAUCGUAUACGGCUGUGCUUGAUUAUAAGCUGCGGCUGUGUUUCUUUUCACGAAUUAACACUACGCCCUCUCGUGCUUGAUCAUAAAGUACGGCCGUGUCAGAACACCCAAAACUUUCUGUUUUGCUAAGUAAUGUUAAGCACGCCCGUGCCUGAAACUCUAGAACUUUCUGUUUUGCAUAUCCUUGUUUCGUAUCACAAUUCUCAACAAAAAAUAUAUGCAUCAAAGAGAAGAUGACUAUAGGUCACAUCAACAUUAUGUAGUGGUGAAGCGAGGUUCCAACACUCGACACAAAUAAUUCAUUAAAAAUUUCAUGAAGUGUUUGGAUCAAAUCAUCGAGUUUUCUAAAGAGAUUAUAGUUCCUACAUUAAUUCAAAUCCAGACAUACCUGGGGAUAAUAUUAUGACAAAUAUUUAAGGUAAAUAAUAAUACAAUUAUAUUUGUUUGAUUUUUCGUAGUAAAUUUAUUUUGACUAUUAUAUUUAAUGUAGGGUGCGUUUGGUGCCUUAAAUACAUCCUAUAUCAUUAUUAACUAUUUUAUUUACCGUUUUCAGAUAAAUAUUAUCUUUGUGAUGUUGCGUAUACUAAUGCUUUAUGUCAGUGUACCAUAAUGUUAGAUACUGGUUUUGAGAUUUUUUAUCGUUGACGUAUGGUGAACAAUAUGAAAAGUUUAACCAUUCUCAUGUAAAACUUAGAACUUGUCAUUGAACAUGUUUAUCAUGUCUAGAAAGCAUGUUUUCCAAUCUUGAAGAGAAUGACACCGUUUUCAUUUGAGGUUCAAAGGACGUCAUUGCAUGUUUUGCAGUUUAACUUUAUAAUGAAUGAGGGUUUAAGUGAUAAGUUAAUUAUUUUCUAAAUAUGAUCAAACUGAUGAACACAUGGUCGAUGAUGAGGCUAAAGAGGUUCAAUUACAUGGGAGUACAACUUACCAAACAUAUAUAACUCAGUUUAAGAGAAGAAAUUGCUGGACACUUGAUGCAAAAUGAAGAUUUAGUUUGGGGCGGGGCAGGGAGAGUAGUAUCUAACAAAUCUAUCAUCAAACACACCACUAUAUCUUUGUAUAGAGAAAUCACGCUGGUAGUUUACACACCACCAUAUCUUUGUAUAGAGAAAUCAUGUGGGUAGUAAUAACUUCUUUUAAUAUGGGGAGCUUGAUGGUAACAUUGAUAGGAUGUUAUAUGUUUUCUCUCUUUUUAUGUGUGUUUUGUCUUACCUAACUUUUUGUAUCGCCUACGCGUUACUUUCCCUUACUUUCUGUUGUUCUAUGAUUAUUAUGUGCUACUCUUUGUUCUUUCGACCUGUUCCCUCUCAUUCUUGCAAAAGUCGGCUGGAGGUAGUCACAAAACAAUCGUUCUAGUAUUUGGGUAAAUGAUAGGUCUGUGUACAUCUCACCUCUCAAGACGCUACAUUUGUUAGGAUUUACUGGGUUUGGUUUGUGUUAUAUAUUUACUCUUUCGUGAACUAUAAUCGUAAAUUUCAAAUAUUUGGAAUAGAAAUAUGGAACAAUUACGAUAUCUACAUAGAGACACCUUGCAACCUCGCUUACUAUCAAGCCCUUUUCACUUAUGUUCUA